CUACACCACCAUGUGUCUUUAAAAGCAAAGCAGUGUGCGUCUGCCAAAAUAUUAGCAGUGAAUGCAAGACCGCAAUAAUCGUGCCUGCUGGCGCUAGCCAGCUCACAUUGUGGAGAGAGGAGUCGACACUGACACAUCUUCCAUAAUCAGCGAAAACAAAAAGCACUCUAAACGUCGAGGGAGUGAAAUGUCAAAGUUUUAUUUUCUUCUACUAUUUGAAGCUUUGACUCGCGUUCUUGGAUUGCACAAUGAAGAUUCGGGGAGCAGACUGGUGAGUGGCUACAAUGAGGUUUCCCCAGAGGUGGAGGCUCCCUAUACACCCCAGUUGGAUUACAGAGUGCCGCGGUGGUGCAACACGCUGAAGCUGCCCAAUGGCGAGGUCACCUGCUUCUCCCCCCGCGGAGGGAACUAUCACAACACCCUGGGGACGCGCUGCGAGAUGUCCUGCGACCGCGGUUACCGGCUGCUGGGCCGAGCCUCGCUGAUCUGCACGCCGAGCCGCCGGUGGUCCAGCACCGCGCACUGUCGCCAGGUGCGCUGCCGCGUCCUGCCCCUGGUUUCGCACGGCACGUACACCUGCACCAACGGUGUGGCGGCGGACUCCCGGUGUGACUACACCUGCGACCGGGGGUACCAUCUGGAGGGGGUCCACACCCGCACCUGUAUGCCAGAGGGGAGGUGGAAUGGCAUAGAGCCCGUCUGCGCAGAUCGUGACCCACCUAAAAUAAAGUGCCCUCUGUCUCGAGUGAGAUAUGCGGAGCCUGGAAAACUGACUACCACCGUGUUCUGGGACCCCCCUGUUGUCAAGGAUACUGCUGACACAACAGUGACGGAUGUAAAGCUUAUAGGUGAACCAUCCGGAUCAGAAUUUGAAGAAGGAGUUCACGUCAUCCAAUACAAAGUAUUUGACCAGGCCAGGAACAAGGCAGUGUGCAAGUUCAUCGUCCGCAUUGAGGUGAAGAGAUGCCCCGUCCUAAAAGAGCCACUCCAUGGCUACCUGACCUGCUCUCCCGAGGGUAACGUCUACGGGUCUCAGUGUGAAUACCACUGCAACAGGGGAUACGAGAGGAGGGGAAACCCCAUCACCGAGUGUCAGUUUGACAGCAGCUGGUCUGGGGCCCCCCCAACGUGUAACUUGGUGGAGAUCAUCGCGGAUGUAAGAUCGUCUUCAUCCCUGCUCAGUCAGUUCUACCAGAAGAGAAGGCUGCUCAUUGUAUCCACCCCCAGCACUGACGACGAGUACUACAAGCUCCAGGAAAUCAUGUUACAGAAUUCGGAGUGUGGCCUGAGCAUGCGGGAGGUGACGGUGGUGGAGCUGCUGGGACUGCCCCCGCGGGAGGUGGGCCGCAUGAACGGGAAGCCCCUCGAUUCGCAGGUCAUAGAAGGGCUGUGGACGGCCCUGAGGAUCUCCAAAGCGUACUUCUCCAUGGUGCUGCUGGACAAGCGCGGAGUUGACCGCGAGCGCCUCAUCGACCCCAUCACCUCAGAAGAGCUUUAUUCACUGAUUGACACCUAUCUGCUGGAUGAGGUGGAGCGUGAGCACAUAGAAAAGUACAGAAGCUACUGUGACUGAGCUGCUGAUCAACUACUUCCCCAUGAGCCGAUUACCACAGCGCCCCCAGGUGGCGGGAAAUAGAACACACAGUGGACAGCUCUGGUGAAAGGGGCCUUCCUUUCAUGGAAUCAUUCCAAACAAGAACAAAAGUUGUUUUUAACUGUUGAAUUUCUGUCAACGGGCAAAAACCACAAAAGUGUCUGUAUGGCUGAACGGAUAUGAAGAAGCAUAUUUGUUUCAGGUGUAAAACUACACAGAUUGCCUUAUGUAUCUAUCCAUAAAUACAAAUUGUGAUUGUCUACUAGCUAUAUAAGUGAGUAUAAACAUGAGGUUUAUAGACUAAAAAAGAUUAAAAACCUCCCCCCAAAAAACAAAGAUCAAUUUAAAAUGUAAACAUUUUAUGACACUUUUGUUAAUAAAAAGGAUAAUGAAAUGAAAUAACACAA